AUGUCGUUCUUAUCUCGAAGCAUAAUCAUGAACACCUUUUCAACUGACAGUCAUCACCGUGUUAACUCUGGGAGUGCUUUUGCUUCUCCAUCCACUUAUAGCAACACCGUCAUCGCUUUUGUUAUUAAAAAUUCAUGUAAAAUAGUUAAAAUGUUCAGUCUGAAUGGUGUCAUUACACUCGACUCGACGGUCGGCGACGAAAAAAAAGCUUUUUAA